AUGAACGAGGAGCGAUCUGGUGUGAGGCUUGCCGUUGCUAAUGGAAAGCUGUACGCUGUGGGUGGGGAUAAGACAUCCGAAAAGGAUUCUAUUGAAAUUUUCGAUCCUGAGAAAGAUCACUGGACAUUCCUUGGUUACCUUAAUGACAGGUCAGUCGUCAUCGAUCUCUUAUUUUCAUACGACUUGGAGCAGGAGUUGGAGUCAUACGAAUACUAG